AUAUUACCCGCUACUCAUUUUUGUUUAGUUUUAGAAUUAUUUUCACCACUUGCUCCCAAUGCACAGUUUGAGUCAUUGACUCACCUUAGAAGCCACCAUUUAUACUCAACAUUGAUUCUACCUUUUGUGAUAAAAAAGAAGCAGAAAGCACGUUAAUUCUCUCUCAACAUGGUGGUAAAAAACACAAACAAGUUAGAGGAAGUCACAGAUUCCACUCACUAUGAUAGGGAAGCUGAAGUGAAAGCCUUUGAUGAUGCGAAAACUGGUGUUAAAGGCCUUGUAGAGUGUGGGGUAACAAAGAUCCCACGCAUGUUCCAUGCUAACAAGCACUUGGACAUCACUCCUGAAAAUUCCAAGUUGAGUAGUGUUCCCCUCAUAGACCUCACUGAUGAACAUUCAGAGGUGAUUGGAAAAAUUAGAAGUGCAUGUCAUGAGUGGGGAUUUUUCCAAGUGAUUAAUCAUGGAAUUCCGACUAGUGUCUUGGAUGAGAUGAUUGAUGGAAUCAGGAGGUUUCAUGAGCAGGAUUCUGAGGUUAGAAAACAGUUCCAUUCCAGGGAUUUGAAGAAAAAAGUUAUGUAUUAUACCAACAUUAGCUUGUUUAGUGGCCAAACUGCUAAUUGGAGAGAUACAAUUGGUUUUGCUGUUGCUCCUGAUGCACCUAAACCAGAUGAAAUACCAUCAGUAUGCAGAGACAUUGUGAUUGAGUAUUCAAAAAGAAUAAAGGAAUUGGGUUUUACAAUCCUUGAGUUAUUGUCAGAGGCUCUGGGACUGAGCCCUUCUUACCUCAAAGAACUGAAUUGUGCUGAAGGACUCUUCGGUUUGGGUCACUACUUUCCACCAUGCCCUGAACCUGAAUUAGCUAUUGGUACUACCAAGCAUACUGAUGGUAACUUCAUUACAUUACUUCUCCAAGACCAACUUGGUGGUCUACAAGUUCUUCAUGAGAAUCAAUGGGUAGAUGUUCGUCCUGUACAUGGAGCUCUUGUUGUAAACAUAGGAGAUCUUCUACAGCUUAUGACAAAUGACAGGUUUGUCAGUGUGUAUCACCGGGUCUUAGCACAGAACAUAGGGCCAAGAAUUUCUAUAGCAAGCUUCUUUGUGAAUUCCCUUGACCCAAUUGAAGGUACAUCAAAGGUUUAUGGUCCAAUUAAGGAACUGCUUUCAGAAGAAAACCAACCAAUCUACAAGGAUGUUACCAUCAAAGAUUUCAUGGCACAUUAUUAUGCAAAGGGCCUUGAUGGGAACUCUUCCUUGGAGCCCUUCAGGUUGUGAAUUGAACAUGGGAAUGCACUCUUGAUAUCAUUCCUAUGGAGCUGGCUGUAAUAUACCUGAAUAAAAUGCCAGUUUCUGGUUUUCCAUGAUAAGUGACAUUUAUCAUUAUUUACAUAAUGUUUUGGAAAAAUGAAAUAAAUGAAUAAUAUAUGUGUUGAUUAAA